AUGCACGGCGACCUCCGCGGCUUCUACGGAGCGCCUGUGACGUACGCUUUCUCGCUGGUAGUAGGCGCUGCGAGCUCUGCCAGUUUGUUACUGGACCGCGGCCAGCUCCUGUCGCUGGAUAGAGACGCCGUUCUCACUCGUUCUCAGUAUUGGCGGCUGGUUUCGAGUCAAUUGACGUUCCAUCAUGGGCUCGCAGUCUCCCUCGGUCUCUACGUCGUGUUUCAGUUUCGCAUCUUGGAACGUCUGCUGGGCUCUCGGAAGUUCAGUAGCAUCGUAGUUUACGUGCUGCUGACUUCGGGUGCGCUGGAGCUGGCGGCGCUGACGAUGGCCCCGUCGUGGCUAUCGAAGUCCAUUGCGGGAGGACCUUAUUCUGUUCUCGGAGCUUUUGCUGUUUACUUUUACAAAUUUAUUCCAAAGUUGCAGCCGCGGACGUUCAGUGUGUGGGGUCUGCACUUUUCGGACAAGUCAAGCACGUAUCUGCUUAUGCUGGUGCUGCUAGCGCAUGACUUCCGUGCGCUGGUUCCUUUUUUGGGCGGAUCGUUUAUCGGGCUUCUGUUCAACACGACGCCACUGGGACGACUGCGACUGCCAUCGUUUGUGUGUUCGAUGUUUAAGCUGCUGCACCCGCUUUUUGAGGUCGUUCCCCCGAGUACGUUGGCUCUUCGACGACAGCGGGCGGCGCUUGAAGCGCAGCGUCGUCUGAAUGCACGUUAUAACCUGGACCGCCCAGUUGCGCAGGCCGUAGAAGGCCGAGGUUUCCGUGAUCAGUUGCUGCCAGGUGCAGGUGGGAUACUACCCGGCGGUGGAUUUCCAGUGGCUGCCGGCGACGGCAUGUUGCCUCCUCACAUGGCUGCCACACCUCCGUCUGAAGAUGCGAUCCAGCAGCUCAUGGUGCUUGGAUUUGAUAGAGACCGUGCACUGCAAGCACUUCGAACCGCGGAUAACAAUGUGGAGGCGGCUGCAAAUCGGCUCUUGAAUGGAUUGUAG